AUGAUAAGUUAUCACAUCCAUAACGUUAUCGAAGAUUACUGCAAAAACUACAGUCAAUACUGUGAACGACUCAACGCUUUUGUUAAAGAGAAUAUGAAUUGGAUUAAAAAUGAACUUGCAAAUAAAACAUCGGAUGACAUCUAUUGGGCUCAGGUGAAUCGUACACUGUAUCAAAUCACUGGUAUUUAUCACGGUUAUGACGGUAAGACUCCGCUUAACGCAACGAUUUCAUAUGAUAUGCAUCCCAUUUUGUGA